UAACAACAUGGCCACCCACACGUCCCUUGUUGACUGGGACCCUGCUUGCUAAAUGAUGUUAAAUAAGACAGUGGCAUAAAAUGAUUCGAUCGGGAUUUUAUCAAUCCCAGAUCACAAAUAUGUAUUGUACACACAAAGCGUUUGAAAAACGAGUUCAGUAGCGAACGAUAUUGAACGUGUAGAUGGGUAACCAACCCUCGAGCUAGCUGUGCUAGCUGGGCACAAACAUAAACAUUCCUUUAAAGCUAGCUAGCUUCGAAAUUGAAAGAUUCAUUUAUUGUGGGAAGAUGUUGGGUUUUCUAACAGCAAGACAGGCUGGACUUGACGACCCACUUCGUCUGAGACGGGCAGAGUCAACACGGAGGGUCCUCAAUUUAGAGCUGAAUCAUGACAGAGAUGUGGAUCGAAUCCAUAGCAACGGCGUAAACACCAUAGACAUUGAAGUCAUUGAGGGCAGAUACAUGCUGUCUGGAGGGGCAGAUGGGGUGAUUGUGGUGUAUGACCUGGAGAACAACAGCAGGAAACCCCAAUACACCUGUAAAGCAGUCUGCACUGUAGGCAGGUCCAGUCGGUAUGUCCACAGGUUCAGUGUAGAGACAGUGCAGUGGUACCCACACGACACAGGCAUGUUUGUCUCCAGUUCCUUUGACAAAACCAUGAAGGUCUGGGACACUGAGACACUAAAGCCCGCUGAAGUGUUCCAGUUUGAAGGAAACGUCUACUGUCAUCACAUGUCCCCCAUUGCCAGGAAACAUAGCCUCAUCGCAGUGGGUACCAAAGACCAGAAAGUACAGCUCUGUGACCUGAAGUCUGGCUCACGCAUCCAGGUUUUGCAGGGUCACAGAGGUGAGGUCCUAUCUGUUCGAUGGUCGCCAAGAUAUGAGCACAUUUUAGCUACAGCCAGUACUGACAGCAGGGUGUUGGUGUGGGAUGUGCGUCGGGCCUCAGGGAGCCUGUCUCUGGAUCAACAAGUCCAAGGCACAUCAGACGGGGACAAGAUGAAAGCAUCCUGAGAAGCAGUGAACACAGCCCAUAAUGGAAGGGUAAAUGGCCUCUGCUUCACGGUCGACGGCCUCUACCUUCUCACCACGGGAACAGACGACCGCAUGAGGCUGUGGAACAGUGCCAAUGGAAAAAACACACUGGUGAAUUAUGGGAAGGUGAGUAACGAUAGCCGUAAGGGGUUAAAGAUCACGGUGUCUCGUAGCUGCAGCCCGGAGUUUGUGUUUGUACCUUGUGGCAGCUCAGUGGCGGUGUACACUCUACACACCGGGGAACUCGUAACCAUGCUAAGGGGACACUACAACAACGUGGACUGCUGCCAGUUCCACCCCGACUACCAGGAGCUGUACAGCGGGGGUAAAGACUGUAACAUCCUAGCCUGGGUUCCUGUUGUACGACCACCAGACGUGGAAGAAGAAGGGACAGCCGCCAAGGGUGGGAGCCAGGCUACGGUGAAUCCUGCUUUUGAAGACGCAUGGAGCAGUGAUGAGGACUGAUGCAUAAGCACAACUGUACAGCCCUACUCCAUCGAACAUAGCUUUAGGAAUCUCAUCAUGGUGCUAGCUUUAGGAAUCUCAUCAUGGUGCUAGCUUUAGGAAUCUCAUCAUGGUGCUAGCUUUAGGAAUCUCAUCACGGUGCUAGCUUUAGGAAUCUCAUCAUGGUGCUAGCUUCAGGAAUCUCAUGCAAUACUUUUUUUUUUAAACUACAAAUGCAGUUUAACAUCUACUGUGGAGUUGGAGAAUGAACCUUAAUAGACUUUGAAUCUCUGUUGUGAUAUCUGAUUUAUCUUUUAUUUUUAUAAACAAAAUGGAAAUCUACACUGAGUGUAUGAAACAUUAGGAACACCUUCCUAAUAUUCAUUUGCAUCCCCUUUUGCCCUCAGAACAGCCUCAAUUUGUAGGGGCACCUCUACAGGUGUCGAAAUCGUUUCACAGGGAUGCUGGCUCAUGUUGACUCCAACCCACAGUUGUGUUAAUUUAGCUGGACGUCCUUUGGGUGUUGGACCAUUCUUGAUACACACGGGAAACUGUUAAGUGUGAAAACCCAUCUGCGUUGCAGUUAUUGACACACUCAAACCGGUGUGCCUGGCACCUACUGUCAGCAGCAUACUGUCAGCAGCAUACUGUCAGCAGCAUACUGUCAGCAGCAUACUGUCAGCAGCAUACUGUCAGCAGCAUACUGUCAGCAGCAUACUGUCAGCAGCAUACCAUCCUGCAUCCCACUGCUGCCUUGCCUCUGAAGCUAAGCAGGGUCGGUCCUGGUCAGUCCCUGGAUGGGAGAUCAGAUGCUGCUGGAAGUGGUGUUGGAGGGCCAGUAGGGGGCACUCUUCCAUCUGGUCUAUCUAUCCCAAUACCACAGGGGAGUGAUUGGGGACAUUGCCCUGUGUAGGGUGCUGUCUUUCGGGUGGGACUUUAAAUGGGUGUCCUGAAUCUUUGUGGUCAUUAAAAAUCCCAUGCACUUAUCGUAAGAGUAGGGGUGUUAACCCUGUUGUUCUGACUAAAUUCCCAACCUGGCCCCACCUAAUCAUCCCCCUCAUUCCUAAUUGGCAGAUAUCACUCCUCACCUCUCCAGCUGAUGUGUGGUGCGCGUUCUGGCACAAAAAUGGCCGCCGUGCAUCACCCAGGUGGAUUCUACACGUUGGUGGUAGAUGAGGUGAGUUUCCCCAUACUAUGUGAAGAGCUUUGAGUAACUCUGUUUGUAGAAAAGCGCUAUAUAAUUCCAAUCAAUUAUUAAUUACCAUACCCCAUUCAAAGGCACUUCAAUCUUUUGUCUCCCCCAUUCACCCUCUGAAUGUUAAACGUACACAACCCAUGUCUCAAUUGUCUCAAGGCUUAAAAAUCCUUCUUUAACCUGUCUCCUUCCCUUCAUCUACACUGAUUGAAGUGGAUUUAACAGGUGACAUCCAUAAGGGCUCUUAGCUUUCAGCUGAAUUUAUCUGGUCAGUCUAUGACAUGGAAAGAGCAGGUGUCCCUAAUGUUUUGUACACUCGGUGUAUGGUGUUGAUGAUUUGUGCUUUAAAACCUAUGGAUGGGUAUCUGCACUGUACAUUGAGCUGUAUAAUCUGUUUCUAUUGUCUGCCUUUGCCGCAACAUGUACAUUGUACUUUACAUGGUGUUAAAAUCAGCUUUCCAUUAUUCCAAUGAUGACCAGAGUAAAACCAGCUGAACUGGAGCCAAACCUUUCCUCAUAGCGUCUUUGAACAUGACGUUCAAGAGACCCACCUUUCCGUCAUCAAUUCACACAGAAAUAUUUGUCAGCCAUGUCUCUCUGUCUCUCCCCUACAUUUGCAUGAUUUAUCCUGUUGUCAUUGCUAAAACCAGCUCUGUAUUGUUGUUGUUAGACGUGAUACUGAAAUCAGACUCACUUUCUCUCCUACUGGCAGCCUCAUGUUUACAUAUGAUUGGCUUGAAGGGCAUUAUUUCCCUAUAACUCACGGCAUAUUUGCAUGGUAGAAUGUUCAUGGUUCAAUGGCCAUAGUUCAUCUAUGGCAAAAGUCGAAUUGAAAACAUUGGUUUUGUUGUAUUCCAAAUGGCAAGCUAGGACGGAUGAUUUGGUUAGCUAUAGUAAACUUGCUAGCUACUUCAGUGGAUGUUGAACACAUUUCUAGCGACAAAUAUGUUAAAGUAUAGCCAUUGUAUAAUGGAGAUAAUCAACUCGGGGCUCUAUGCGUUCUCUGGAUAAUAACACAACUCUGUGGAAGGUCAGUUCCACUCUGCAUGGAACACACCUGCCACGUCAUUCUUUAUUUUCCAUAGAACGUAUGGCCUCUCUUUGAUAGGCCCUAGGAAACCCGACCUAUCAGUCCCGAGAUUCCAGCAAAAGUCAACUUUUCAUUUAUCUGACGUUAAUUUAUCUGUAGCCCUUAUAUUUAGCCUCACAAUUAAGUGUUUUACAGUUUUCUUUUCAGGAUAACCAGAUCUACGGUUGCGUUCAUGGGUUUUGUUGACAUGUCAAUAAAAAAUAUUCCGCCAAAAA